CUUCGGCGGUCGAGGCGAAAGGACGCCUAAUUCUGGUUUGCAAGGUCUUAUAUAGUUAAUUACCAGUCCCUGGGGACAUACCAUUGUGCAAGGUUAUUCCCAGAUGAGUAUUUAUCGAUAAACCCGCCCGCAAGGCCUUAUUUCGAGUCCAUUCCAGCAAUGAGAAUAGUCAAUCAUUCUGCACAUGACCUCUUUUCAUAAAAAGUACACAAAUAAUUACAGAAAAUGAUACCAAUUGGCCUUAUCAUGCAAAUUAAAGUGCUUAUAACCCCUAAAAUGACACAAAUUUCGAUCGAUUUUUCGGGGUCUAACGGUUAAAAUGAGGUGUUUUAUAGUGCGAUCGGAUAAAACGGGGCCGAGAUAUUUAAUUUUGAAGAUUGGUAUUACGGCUUCCUGUGCCAAAUAGGAAGUGUAAAAAAUCCCUGGGUACGAAAAGUGUUUGUGACGUCAAGAGAGGUUGCGAGGCAUGCGCAAUAGAUUUUUAAUCCGGGACCCCUGUUUAUCACCUUCAUAUAUUCGUCUGCUAGAUGUUUGCGCUCAAAUGCUAAAAAAAGUCUAAAAGUUACACAAAGUUCUAUAUUUCAUGAUAUCUUUUUCACAAUGGUUUUUCGCUGUUCCGUGGAGGGAUGUAAUAACGAGGGAAAGAAGGGUACCGGGAUUUCUCUGUUUCGAAUUCCGUUCGAAGACGAUCCACGAAACGAAGCCAAAGAACAAAAGAACGAAGGCAGAGAUGGGUGAACUUCGUGGCUACUAGCAAGAACUGGUCGGUUUGGCGUCCAACUAAAAGCGCUCGGGUUUGUAGUGACCAUUUUUUAGAAGCAGACUUUGAACGCCGUUAUGAUCUGCUGCCAACCGCAAUUAAARAGUUGAAAACAGAUGACAUCGGGAUCUGUGUUUGUCCCACUGUUGUAAGCCYAUCAAAAGAGAGUAAGCUUGCCUCUACUGUCGCCAUAUCUCCUACAAAGCGAAGAAAGGUGAGAAAAACUUGAGUYGUUGACCUGUCGUGCUUAGUUUUCCAAAUGUUUUCAGACUUGCCUGUUUACAYCCAAACUUACUGCUUCCAGGUUGUAGAAUCGCUAUUGAGUGAAACUGAUAACGAAACUUUACCGAGCAACGAGGAUGCAGCUGAAGUUCAAGAUUGUCUGUCCGUAGCUGUCACCUCAGAGAUCUCUGAGGCGAGUUGUGUAAAGACCAAGGAUUCAUUCAUGCAAACCGAUCCAGAAACAUGCACAGGAUGUUCGAGCCUGCUGGAAAAAAACCGUUUAUUGAACAACAAAGUCAUAGAUUUUCAAAGUCGCCUGGAAGAGUCAAGAAGAACUGUCAAUCUUUUACAAUCAGAACUCAAGAGAGCUUCGCAUGCAGUUCAGCCUGAUGAAGAUGAGCAGGAUGAUGAAAGUGACGAUGAAAAGUGCCAUGAUACUAGUUUCUUAGACUGCACUUUUGAAGUUGAGCCUGGCGCAGAACUGGAGAGCGGUAGUGAGUACUUUCCAACUCCAAAACGACCACGAAAAGAUAAAGAAGAUGGAAGUUCUGAUGAUGAAUCAGAAGAUGAAAACGUCACUACAAAGUUAGUAUUCAAACCUGGUUUAUAUCAAUAAUUGCAAUUAGUAUAAUUUGAAUGAGCUUGCUUUUGAUGAGAUACGUUCAAUGUGAUAGUUUCUGA